CAGAAGAGCGCAGUCCUGGGAACAGCUAAGAUACUGCAGGACCCUCAAGCUCCCAGGCCUCUGGUAGAGGACCCGAGCUUGAAGGAUAGAGUGCCAGUAGAGACUAGAGGGGGAUUUUAUAAAUAUAUAUGCGUGUGUGUGUUAUAUGCCACAUCCCAACUGAGUUCCUGAUGUAGGCUCUUAGGAUACUGUUGAUCUUGUACAAUUCUAGGCAUUUCAGGAUCCAGGUGUGGGGAAUCGAGUCAUAGGACUUCCAGGCACAGAUGUCCCAUCACUAUUUGUCUCCCAUAUUGCUCUGUCUCCAGCUUUAGUCGGGCUGUUCUCAUAUUGUUCCCCUGUCACUGAGAAUACACCUUUGAUGGGUUAAUGGCUAGAGAUUAAUCUGUUUAUUCUCCUGCCUUCUAUCUCUCUAGAAUACCUGUUUAAGUGACUGACCCAGUCUGCAAGUCUUUGCUUGGCAGUUUUUCUUAGGUCUAAUAGAUCCCUUUACUACCCUAUCACAAUGGCAGCAAGUGUAGCAAGCAGUAGGGAUUGGCCAUAAUCCUCAAUGUCUUCUAGUAGACUUUCAGAGGGUACUUCACGUAGUCUUGGUAAUUGGCCAAGGAGGGUCCAGGUUUCCAGCUUAGCCAUGAUCCUAUCUCUCAGGUCAGCUGCUCUUGCACUUCGUGCCUUCAACACACCCAUCAUUUUUGGCAUAUGGUACCCAAGAGUGGGGGUGAUGAUAUCAUCCCCCUGACCUGACAUCCUGGCUCCCCUUUGCCGGCAUUUGUAUUGGACCAUAACAGUCUUCAGCACCUAAAGUGCUGCAUGACAAGAAAUUAAGUCAUUAAAAUGUUUAAAUUAGAAAUCCCUAUAGCCACAAAUAAGGGUUAGGGGAUGAGAGAAGCAACAAUAUUAUAACUGGGAAAAGGAAAGACCAAAUGGAGUAAAUUGUGAAAAAUAAAGUUUUAUCAAAAAGGAUUCAACUCAGAGAGACAGCUACGCUGUUGUUUCUGUCAUAACAGGCUGUGUGACAGACAGGAUUUGGACCCAGAUUUAAGAUUUGGAAGGCAGCAAUUAACUCCAAACUUGCUUUAAUGUUGUGUCGCUAACAGAAUACAAAAGUCCAAUACAGAAGCUGGACAGGAGCAGGGAAACACACUGAGCUCUUCACUAGGUACUGCUGGAUGCGGCGCAGCUCGUCUACUCAGAAACUGGAGGGGAACCAAGACCUGGUCUAACAGCACUGCUGGAGAUCCAUCCAUCCGGCCCAUCACAAUGACAGCAAUAAACAGAAACACCUCAUCAAAAUAUGAAGAUAUCAUCAAAAAAAGUGUUUGGAUCCGUUCAGGACCUCCUGCUGUCUACCAGCUGAGACCACAGAUAGAGACCAUUGGAAAUAAAAGAAGAAUUACCUUUGGUGAAAGAAAUCCAACCAAGAUAAAUAAAUCCAUCUUACUUGUGGGUGAAACAGGAGCAGGAAAAUCUACUCUGAUCAAUGCUCUGGUUAACUACACCAUGGGAGUAAAGUGGGAGGAUGAAAUCUGGUUUCAGAUCGUUCAGGGGGACACUGAAAAAAAGCUGACAGAAAGUCAGACAUCAGAUGUGAUCGUGUACGAGAUCUUUGGUUUUGAAGAUGAAACUCUUCCCUUCUCUCUGACCAUCAUCGAUACUCCUGGAUUUGGAAACACCGAAGGGAUUGACCACGAUAAGUUCAUCAGUCCAAAAUUAUUGGACUUGUUUAAAUCAGAGGAUGGAGUUCAUGAAGUUCAUGCAGUGGGACUAGUGAUGAAGGCAACAGAUAAUCGAAUGAAUGACAAACCAAGAUACAUGUUUGAUUCAAUGAUGUCUCUGUUUGGAAAAGACCUGGAGAAAAACAUCGUAGCUCUCAUCACACACUCAGAUGGAAGAAAGCCUAAAAGCCCGCUCAAAGCUCUUGAAAAAGCAAAAAUUAAAUGUGCCAAAAAUGAGAAGAAUCAGCCUAUUUAUUUCCUGUUUAAUAACUGCCAGGAUGAAGAACGGACAGAGGAAGAAGAAUUCCUAAAACAGGCUAAUGAAAUAUCAGCGAGAGGAAUGAAAUUGUUCACAGCCUUUCUGGAAAAAGGUGAACCUCAGAAACUGUAUGAAAGUGUAGAAGUUCUGAGAAAACGAAUCAAUCUGACAGCCUGCAUUGAAAACCUGAAACAAAGAAUCACAACUAAAGAAACGAAGCAGACAGAACUCAAACAGAUUCAAAAUGCUCUGCAGGAAAAUGAAGAAGAGAUGAAGAGGAAUGAGAACUUCAUUGUAGAAAUUGAUGAGGUCUACAAAGAUAAAGAACCUGUUGAUGGUGGGAUUUGGGGGUUGGUUUUUUAUCAAGGAGUUGUCUGCUGUACAGUCUGUGAGGAAAACUGUCACUAUCCUGGAUGCACAAUGGCCUGGAAACCUCAACACUGUGAGGUCAUGAAAGAUGGUAAAUGUACUUCAUGUACAGGGAAGUGUCCUGCAACAAAUCAUGUGAAAGAAAAAUAUAAAUUUGUAACCAAGACAAGGAAAGUUCAGAAGACAAUGAAAGAUAUGAAGCAGAAGUAUGAGAAGAAUAAAUCAGAAAGUGAGAACUAUUUGAGCGUUUUGGAAAAUGUUGAAAAUGAGAUGAAAAAAAAUACAGCAGAGAAGACACAGUUACUGGAUGAGUCCUACCAACAUGUUGUCAGACUGGAGCAGAUCGCUCUGAAAGCUGAUUCAGCGUACACUAUUGUCCACUUGGACUUUCUGAUUGAGGAGAUGAAGAAGGAAGGAGACACAGCGAAGGUCCAGAAACUGGACGAGAUGAGAAGAAGAGUGGAUGAAGGAACUAAGAGAGCAGCUCGAUACAUGAAAGCAAUGGGUGGGAAAAAUAAGUAAAGAAGCCAUCAAAUAAGUGAAAGACAUAUAAAUUAUUUUGUCUUUCAGUUUCUAACAAAUUUUAAGUAAUUUAAAUUAAUUUUCAAUGCUGGAAGUGUCAUCACAUUUCAGGUUUCUUGAGUGUCUUUAAAACAUCAAUCUCUGUCUGACAUAUGAUAUAUCUGACCUCACUCCUAUGGUCAUCACAGUACUGUCCUGUUCUCCUCUCCUCCUCUUCUGGGCCCUGGCAGCUACUGAAAUAGGAAAGGUGUGGUUAGUAUGAUGGAUCUCAGCUGUGCCGACCAGCCUGCCAUGGCACUGUCCCCUGAACCUACUGCUCCACCUUUUCCCUGAAGCUAAGCCAUAAACCAUACUCUGCCACAAUAUAUUUAGCAGUAGUAAAUAGCUCUUGAGGUAAACUUGUUUUCUCUAAAGUGUUCUUGAAGGGCUAAAACAAAGCAGGAUUCUUGGACAUGUGGGAGGGAAAAUAAAUCUCUUUAGGGUUGUAUCAGGAAUGGCAUCUGGUAUAAAAUUCUGCUAAAUCUACUGCAUGGGGAUACCAUGUAAUGAACAGUGGGGCGCACAUGGGUAUUGGGUGUGGGGCACAAACAGGCAGCUUUCUGUGAGCCUGGGUAUUGGUAUGGAACUUUGGGGCCAGAUGUGCUCCCGAGGAUAAGAAUCCCAACUUGUUCAGACUCUCAUGUUUUUUUUAGGCACAUGGAUAAAAUUAACUGGUCUGGUUGUUAUGAGACAUUUUGUGAGAGGAGUGCCAAGUACACUUUUCCACAGUGCACACGCAGCGUGCCACCGACAUGGUUAACUGUUUACAUGAAAUGCCACCAUCUUGGAUUGCUAACUCAAAGUGAUUGGCUUGAGUGACAACUUAGUUGGCAGAAGUCUGACUUGAUUGAUGUUCCAGUUGAAAAUUCCAGUUAUGGAGUGAUUUUUUCAGGAACUAGACUUUUUCCUGAAAGGGACAUGUGCAGUAGCCAUUCUGGUUUUACCAACUCAGAAGCCUAACGAUGUCCUCUAUUAACAUUAACGCCACCUUCUCUUCCGCUGCUGAGCUGAUAGUUGAAAAUAAUGACAGUUUAUACUAUGCAUUCAACUCUCUUUCUCCCCUUAAACUGUACUGUCAGGUUUACAGGGUUAUCUUCAUGCUACACCCCUGAGCUUGGUCUACUUUAAACAGUGGGCCAAAAAUCCAAACAACUUUCAAAGAAAACUGGUCUUACAAAAGCAAAUGCAACUGGUCUAGAGUCCCAUCGUUUUUCUUGGAUUUCCGUGCACGAUUUAUACUGCAGGUUUUUUUUGGUGUCCAUUCAGACAGUGGGCUCAGUUUGUUGUGUUGGUUUUCAGUGCAGACACAUGGCACUGAUUUCUUUCUUAUAGUUCUAUAUUUCUUCUUGCUUCUUCAUUUCAUCACUUGCUGUCAUGGUCCUCGGUCUUUGACCCUAGAGCUUUCAGUGUUGAACAAUUAACUUAAACAUUUAAAAACUGUUUUUCUGUGCGAGUUUAGUAUUUAUAUUUUGAUCCCUGUGUUUGAGUCUAGCCUUCCCGCUUUGAAUAUUGUUCUGUGAAGCCCUUAUCUUUGUUAGUGAUUCUCUGGUAGUUACUUACUAUUUAUUUUUGUAGUCAUUUAUACAUUUAUUUCAUGUAUUUAGUUUAACUUCUUUUAUCAUCCCUUUAUUAGUUUAGUUCAUUAAUUCAGCUAUGCCUUUUUACCCUGUUGUGUUCAUUCUGCCCAAUUACUUUCUGUAUAUUUUUAAAGCCUUAGUUUACCCUAGGUCCUUGUAAGGUCAUGUGUUCCAUUUUUGUUUGCACCUGUUGUGUUUCCCUGGAGUGGUCUCUUGUGUUUUUGGAUGUUGUUAUUUUAUAUUCUAGAUCUACACCAGCGAAAAUAAAAGAUCACUUUCUGUUUGCUUCUAUGUGCCUAUGAGUCUGUAUUUCGGUCCUUUCUACAUGUUUUUUAUGAUGCCUUGCAAUGAGUAAGUGAGGAUGGAGAAGCUAGUGAUGUCAGCUGUUAGCACUUGCUAGCAUUGGCUCAGAGAUUAAACUCACAGCAUUCCAGUGCAGCAAGGUUUCCACUCUUGAAGGUGUUGGUUAGAGCAUGUACUAUUUGCUCUCACUAGAGUGGCCCUGAGUCCAAUGUACAGAGAGAGGCACCACCAUGUGGCAUCAGUUAGCACUGCAGCAUAUUCACAUCCACAGCCCGUUAAAACUUGCAUUAAAUCUGUUAUGUAUUUGUGUACGUAAGUUGGAAAAUGAUCCACUUCAAGGGACAAGCACUUUACCUUUAGAUGUGAUAGUUUUUGUGUUAUAUAAUGAUGCUGUGUUGGGCUUAUGAAGUACAGGUGUUUGAGAAGCUUACUUACUGCUUCUAGGUUUGAUUGACAAUGUGUAGAACAAAAAUGAUGACACAACAUUGUCCAGAAAACUGAAAAAGCAUUGGCUCAACAUUUUGUGAGGAAAGGUUGUGAGGGGAGAGUCAAAUUUAAACAUAAGGUGCAAGAAACAAAUACCUACCAAACUAGCAAGAAGAGAGUAGCCUAAACUGAAUCAUGUUUAUAUGCAAACAUAUAAAAAUGUGUUUUCUGCAAGAAAGUAAAAAAUAAGAAAGUUAAACUAAAGGACAUUUAUAACACCUGGGUCAGAAAAAGUGCGCACAACAUCAUCAAGGACCACACACACCCUCAGUGCAUGCUUUCACGCUCCUGCCAUCUGGAAGACACUACAGGGGUGUGAAGGACAACCAGACUAAAAAAGGUUUCUAUCCACAGGCCAUCAGGCUACUGAAUCACUGACUAAUUGUUGAACAGUGAUUAUCUGUCACAAUGCUGUCAAUAACUUGACCUGUAAAUUUGCAAUUUUGAACAUUUAUAUACAAUAUAAUACAACUUCAUACAAUAACAACAAUUUUAUCAUCACAUAUCCUGAAUAUUUUACCACUGUGACAGUGUUGCAACUUCUUGCACUUUAAAUUCUGACUACAAACACACCAAAGCUACAAGUUCUACAUAAGCACUUGUUUUAUUCUAUUUAUUAUUUUCUAUGCUCAGAGUUAAGUUUAUUCUUUAUUUUAGUUAAAUGUUUAUUUAGUUGUAUGAAGGGAACCUGCAAAUUAAGAAUUUCAUUGCUGUGCGUAACCACUUGUUUUGCGGUGUAUAUGACAAUGAACUUCUUGAACUCUUAGUAUUUUAAGUGACCCCAAAGUUUUGAAAGUAAAAAUCGUAUUUACAAGUUUGCUUAUAUUGCUUUUCAUGUGAUGAUAAAAUGUGGACUGAGAAAAUAUAAACU